AUGAAGGAGGCUCAAAUCCGGAGGCCCGACAUUGCUCGGUCCUCCCAGGAUGAUAUACCAGAACUGCUACGGCUUCGUCAACUCAUUGCAACGCAUGAAGCGGAAUUGCGAAAGCUGAGCGCCGAACUGGCGACGGAACGGGCUCGGCCAAAGCAUGGCCUGGCUGAUAUCGCAGCCCUGGGAAGUUUGUUGAAGGAAAAGGAUGAUACGAUCGCAAAAUUGGUCGAAGACAACCGCAAAUUGAACCUGAAGAUUGAAGUUGACGCCAAGGAGCAACAGGAUAAAAUCGAUGAACUGGAAGCGGAGCUGGAAAGGUACAAGGUUUUGACCGAUGCGUUGAAUCAGGAACUCGACAAAAGGACCGAAUAUGACCUUCAAAACGAGAAAAAGGAAAUGGAAGCCGCUGAAGAGGAAGGGAAAGAAGCGCCAAUCCCGUCAGCCCUCGAAGCCACUCUAAAAUCGCUAGACAUGAUGAUGCAAACGGCAAAUUAUGGCGAUGAAGAUCAAGAAGAACAGCGAAACGUGACCGCCGAUCUGAGCCGACAGUUUUUGUCCGGUAAAGCAACGGUAGUAGAUGUGAAUCCAAAAACCACCAAUGGUACCUCAACAACAAGAGAAGAUGAUCAUCAAUCGAUUCUAACUAUUUUAAUGAACUCAAUUAAUGGAAGCCCGCCAUUGCCUUCUUCGCCAUUGAUGACAAGUGGGACUUCAUUUGAUUUGCUGCGAGAUGAUGAUGACAAGUGUGACGUCAGCAACUUGAGUAAUCAUACUUAUGAGACUCCAAGGCAUCCAUCUGAAGUGAAGGCUAUCAAUGAACUAACGGCUCUGAUCGCUUCAAACACACGGAAACUCGGGUCCCGUGCCCUGAACACUGCUGAAGUUGCUCGACAAUGCAAACGAUUAAUGGCCGGCUACAACAUUGGCCAACGUCUCUUUGCGAAAUUUGUGAUGAACCAGUCGCAAGGCUCGCUGAGUGAGCUGCUGUCCAAACCGAGGCCAUGGUGCAAAUUGACUGACAAGGGGAGGGAAGCUUUUCGGAGGAUAUACUCUUGGAUCUCUGAUGUGGCUGCCGUGCAACUUUUAUGUCAAAUUAGUCCGAGGAGAAUAUUGAGUGACGAAUUGAGGAUGGAUCAUCCAAAACCGGAAGAUCUCUGGGAAACGUCGAACCCUCUUGAGCAAAUAACCACUGUACCCACCCCAUCACCCGCUCCAAAACCUCCAAAAGUAGAGACAAAUGGAGAUUCAAAGCCUCGUCCAAAUCCAAAUCGUGGGUCUACAAGCCGUUGGCGGCAUGAUGACAUUCCGAAGGAGAAGAUAAUGUCGAUUUUCCAAAAUGAGUUGGCGAAAUUGAGGGAACAGGAAAACAACAUCGAACGCGCGAUCAAUUCUCGAACCUAUCCCUCCUCCUUACAACGUUUAGAAGAUAUCACUUAUGGUGGUGUCACAGUUCAGGGAUUACCGAGCAAACAUGCUAUUCAGGUGAUGAACAAUCGGGUAAAAAGCGGGCUGCAAACAAUCACCCAAGAGCAAUUUGAAGCCUUUGGGAUUAUAAAUACAGAAGAGGUGGUUCGACAGGUGAAAGACUUCUUGAUGGUGAAUACGAUUUCGCAACGCCAAUUUGGUGAAUCGGUGCUUGGUCUAAGCCAAGGUUCGGUUUCGGAUUUGUUGGCCAGGCCAAAGGCCUGGUAUAUGCUAACCCAAAAAGGACGUGAACCAUACAUCCGGAUGAAACUUUUCAUGGAUGAGGUGGCAGUUGAAGCGGCAAAAGAUCAGGACAGCGAUAAAGACAAGGAUGAUGACGAAGGCUCAAAGCCGGUCAUUCGUGAGAUACACCCGGAGAGAAGCUCUUCUGAAGAAACGAUAGAAUCGGACUGGAAUGGAGAAAGAGGAUCUUCUGAAGCGACCGCUACAGCUGAUAUCCUACCUGGAGAAGAGGUUGCCGUCAUGUUUCUCCCAAUUCAAACCGAGAAAGAGGAGGAUUACGAGGAUAUGAAAAUGGGAUCGUUGAUCGGAUCCAAGCGAUUCUCUGAGGAUGAUGAUGGAACGGAUUCGACACCCAGAAAAAUGCAGAGAACUGUGAUAACGGAGCAGCAAAGAGAAGCGCUGCGCUAUGUAUUUGCGCAAGAGCAGCAUCCGGCUGCCAGGACGAUUGAGAUGCUGGCGAAUAAGCUGGGGCUUAGUACUCGGACUGUCUCAAAUUGGUUCCACAACUAUCGUACUAGGCAAAAGGCUUCUAUGAAGGAAGGGAAGGUCCCGCAAACCCCUCAACCAACUAUGGAUUUGCCUGGCAAUUGGAAAAAGGAUCUGACCGACCUGCUCAUGACCAAACCUGCGCCAGUAAUCCGUGAUAACAAUAAAAAGCCUGCCAGCGAAAACUUCCUCGGCAGUCUACUCGAAAAGGCUGUGGAAGAAAUGCGAAAAAAUGCGGCCCAAAGUAUUUCACUGGACGAU